AUGAAUUUACCUAGACAUAGUAUCACAUCACAUGCCGUCACGCCAAUCUUCAAUAAUGCACAUUUUGCAACGAUAUCCAAUCAUGAUCACCAAAAGACAAAGGAAUCAGCGGACCAACGGAGUCAGGAUAGACGGAAAGGUAAACAAGAGGGAAGAUCAUCCGUCAACUUGAGCCGAAAUACACCAUCUAGUCACAGAUCUACAGCCUCAUUCGAAUCGAAAGCAUCCUCAAGUAGACCGAGCAGUUCAUCCUCAUCCACGCCAAAGAGAGUAUCAAAAGAUGAAGUGAAAGGGGAAAAGGAUGAAUCAACCUCAUCACAAGGAAACAUGUUUGCUUGUGCAACGAAUGACGGUUUCUUUAUUGCAAGAACAGAACCUUUUCGGAUAAUUGCAAAUCGAAAGUUUACCGCUCUUCAAGGUGGUUUGGCACAUGUUGCUUUGAUUGAUGAUUCUUCUUUGGUCGUUUUGGUUGGAGGUGGUAGAGUUCCUAGAUUUGCACCGAACAAGGUAAUCCUUUGGGAUGAGAAUGCAGAGUACAGAGUCCCAAUACCUUCUUCAACAAGAAGCCGGCUUGGAUCGGAAGAUGAUGAGAUAUUGUCUGAAGGAACAGCUUCUCCGCCUCCGUCAACGAUCUUCUCUUUGGGCAGAGAGCAGAGUGAAUCGCGAACGGAGGAAAUAGAAGCCGAAGAAGAUCAACAAAGUCCUAAUGAAGAGGAAGCUGACAGGAACACGAUGGAGAUGUCCAAGACGUCAAAUGCUAUAGCUAGCGGCGUACUGCCGGCCAUGCUUGACGAUAGCGUAAUGAGUGAUAGCAGGCCAAAAAGUUUGAAAGGUGAAGAAGAAGGUGGCAUGUCUUCCUCUCAGGUUUUUGGCGAUAUCGAGGACGAUGAAUCUGAAGGGACAGUAGAUGACGCUUUAAAGAGAUCAUCAACAGCAUCCAUGAUACAAAGCAAAUCGGAGAAGUCUAUUACAUCGGCUGCCGCCGACACAGACGACCCUUUCGCAGAACCGAUCUCACUUUCGGACGAUCUUCAAGCAGCUAUGAGCAAAAGCGAUCACAGCAUGUCUACAUUGGAUGCGGUAGAAGGGUUCAUCGACCCAGAUCAUGAUGGUCCCCUGGAGAAGAGCACGAUACAGUACAAGAUUGAACGAGGUCGCGAAGUGGCAGAAUUGGAGUUCGGCGAAGCUGUUCAAAGCAUCCGAGUUGAGAGCUUCUGCAAGAAUGAGUCGAGCAACAAUGAUUUGACUGGAGGGGAAGAGAACACACAGACAUCAUCUCAAGUAAAGGAAAAAGUCUGCAUUCUAGUGGUCGUUCUGCAGACUAAGUCAGUCAUCUUUGAGAUGGGCAAUCAUCUUCACAGCAACUCAGCUGCAGGGGAAGGCCAGCAUGCAACAAAACCUCAAUGGGGAAUACGACAGCGAUUUGUGUUGGACAUUCACCCAGAUUCGAAUCGAUGUACAGCAGCGCUAUCGCAAAUCGAAAAGACAAAUUGUGCAUUGAUUGCUUUACCUGGAAGGCAGAUCGGACAUGUACAAUUGGUUUGUGUGGAAUUCUCGCAUACGAAAAGAACAUCGAUUCAUUCAUCAAUGGCAGGAGCAUCUACGAUCAUUGCAGCUCAUACGAAUGCGAUAGCUUGUCUUGAAUUGUCAAAGGAUGGACGCUUUCUUUGCACGGCCUCCGAUCGUGGCACAAUCUUGCGGUUCUGGUCUACAGUCUCGGCAGGCAAGCCGAGCAGGUCAUCGAAUCAACGUGUCACAGGUAACGGCGAUCGAGUCAGAACGAUGGCGGCCGCUCUACUGGGCGAAUUACGCAGAGGAAGUGAAUCUGUCCGGAUAUUGAGCAUUGCAAUCACGCCUGAUAAUCGAUUCUUAGCCGUUGCAAGUGAUAAAGGAACGAUUCACUUCUUCAAUUUGGAUGCAUUACAGCAUGGUAUACCGCUUACAAGUGGCAAUCGUGAAGAUGGAGAAAAUUCCUUGAAACGAUUUUCCUCUGGACAAUCUAUUCAACAAACCGGAUUCAAAUUAUCACAAAGGGCGAAUAGAUUCUUACCAAAUGCUAUACAAAAUUUUGCUCAACAAAUUCCAACUUCACUUUUACCGCAAUAUUUUAAAUCUCAAUGGAGUUUUGCUCAAUUUCGUAUUCGAUUGCAAGUAUUUAGCGGUAGGAUGAUCGAUGGUAUGCGACAUGUGAAGCCUCCGCCUGAGAGAAGAAAGACAGCUUCGACAGUUGGACAAAAAGGAAAAGGAAGACAAGGGCUUGGAAUGGAUGAUGACGGAGAGGGAUCAGAUGGAGAAGAUUUGGAUGCAGAGAAAACGUUUGUUGGAGAUGCAUUCGUUCCUGAUCGAGCUAGGAAUUUGGAAGGAGGAUGGGCACAUAUGCGUGGAAGGGUGAACGAUAUUCGAAAAGGAGAAAGGACGAUUCAAGAAGGCAUUUGGCUAGAUUGGGUUCGUGCGAAACAAUCAUCAGAAGAAAAAGAGCAAGAAGAUGAAGACUUUCAAUUGAUCGCAAUCACUAGCUCAGGAGGCUUGUAUAGGCUAGCUAUAAGCACGAAAAGACCGGUCAACCCAAAUACCACAUCGGAACACGAAAGGCAAGAUUCUUCUAACGCAUCUUCAAGCACGAUCUUGGAUAUGUAUCGAUCUGAUACAUCUGAUUCUUCCAAAAAUCCAUCAACGGAUGCGGCAGAUAUAGGAUCUUGUAGACUUGUCCAACAUUUCCGUUUCGGAAAGAGAGACGAAUGGCUGGAAUGA